AUGUGGGGCUACCUGUCUCUUCUGCCUGUCUUCCUGGCAUUCUGGGCUGUCACCGGCAUCUGGACUGUUUUUGCAAUCGCUGUGGCCAACAAAUCUGUGGACCUCAGGGAAGGCUUCCCCUACAUCAGUCUCUGUGGAUCUUACCCCCCUCAGAGCUGCAUCUUCAGUCAGGUGCUCAAUAUGGGAGCUGCAAUGGCUGCCUGGAUCUGCAUUCUCCGUUACCACCAGCUCCAGAACUGGGGAGUGGAAAGGUGGUUUAACCAGUUGAUCCUGUGGACAGGUCUCCUCAGUGCCUUGGGAGCUUCCGUGGUUGGCAAUUUCCAGCAGAAGAACCAGAGGCAUACCCAUCUCACGGGUGCCUUUUUCGCCUUCUUCGUGGGCACCCUCUAUUUCUGGCUGCAACUCUUUCUCUCCUGGAGGAAGAGGAACCUACCGCAGCCCGGGCCUCCCUGGAUCUGGCUGUUCCGCCUGGGUCUCUGCACCAUGUGCACCAUCCUUAUGGUAAUCAUGGUCGUUCUCCACUCCUGGCUGCCGCUGCGCUCUGCCUCUGCGUCCUGCGAAUGGGCCGUGGCUAUGCUGCUGUUGACUCUCUUUGGCCUCUUAGCUGUGGACUUCUCCUGCCUGGACGGCUGCACCCUGUCUCUCCAGUCUGCCCCUGGCCUCAGUGCACCACCAGCGGCCUCCCCUAGCACCCUGGAGGUCCAGCUGUCUCAGGAUUAUGAGCCAGCGAGCGGGGGGCGCCUUCGUCAGCAGCCGAGGAAGAGUUCAGCUCCAGACCUGCCCCCAGGAACCAUCGGGGAAACUGUCCAGCUGGCAGGAGAGGAGGGCGGCUGUUGCUGA